GCAGACGACUACAGGAGAACCUGGCGCCAAGUGAACGCUUGUCUAGGACGCGUGAGUCAUGCAUCAGUAGCAUCGAGACCGUAGUGAUAGCAAGAAGACGGGAGAAUCAACACCCAGGUACAGUGCCACGCAAAACUAGCACAAUUCCUCUGACUUUUCAACACGUGCUAGGCUUGCAGGCACUUUGAACGAAAACAGAAGUAUCAAGACCAUUCAAUAAGAUUAGUGCUUCAAAACGUUAAACCUAGUUAUACAUAUAUAAAAAGACAAAACACCAACAAUGCAAAGUAAGACAUCUUACCUUUAUUUCACUGGAGAACUGGUUAUUGAACGAACUGUCCUUAACCUCGUCAUUGUAUGGAGCCUCGUCCAAGCUGCGUCAGCAAACGGGAAAGUUGGUCUCACAGAAUUUCAAGCUCCGCAGCAUGUUGCACUUAAGUAUGUAGAUAGAAACUCCAUUACUGUGACCUGGAAGGAUCCAGAGCCCCCUAGUGAUAGAAAUACGCAGCUGCUGGCAUUUGCUUUGUCUUACACUUUGGUUAAUGGGAAAGAUCAUGGUAAAGCAAGAGACCUGCUAUUACCGCCUACAGCCAAGUCCAAGACCCUCUCUGGACUAGAUGAAGGGACUAAGUAUGAUCUUCUAGUGUCAGCCGUUUACAGCGGAAACCAGCGAGUACCAGCCCCAAAGAAAACGGUUCGAACUAAAGAUUCACAUAUGAACGAUCUUGCUGUGGAUGAAGGGUAUCGUUACGAAAUGACCCCGAAAGAGCCAGAGUGUAAUUGCAGUGAACCAGGCAUGGUGGCCUGCACGAGAAUGCAUGGAACUGUGAAAUGCACAUGUUUUCCUGGUUAUGCCGGUAGAUGGUGCGAGAGUUGUUCACCCGGCAACUAUCGGGAUGGAAAGGAAUGUAAACCAUGCCCUUGUACCAACAUUACGUCAUCAGGAGAUUGCUCAUUAGACAAAUCCGGAAAGGUCACGUGCACGUCAUGCCUACCAGGACACAGGGAUGUUUUGUGUGAUUCCUGUACAGCGGGCUAUCACUGGAAGGAAGACCACUGUGUAGCAUUAAACUGUCUGAGUUUUAGCCUGUGUGCAGAACAGCGGGAUGAUCCCAGUUGUAUAGACUGCAUAUUCUUGAUGGAAAACCUGGGAUCUCCAACCGCACAGAAAAGUUCUGCCCGCUCAAUAGCAGAUGGAACAGUUCCGUUGAUCGCUGUCGUUGUCACCCUUGGGGUGAUUCUGUUGGUUGCAGCUAGUGCUACAUGUUAUCGAUAUUGGUCCCAUCGACGGAGUAGACCACGCCUUCCCUUCUGGAGUAUUGAACUCCGUGAGGAAAAACUGAAUCUCAGUUCCGAAUGCCAAUACCAACAUUUAGAUGCUGCUACCAAUAAGGUCGUGCAAGCCACAGCUGCUGAGGACGUCGAACCGGAAAAUCUCCAUAAUCCACUGCCGCGAUACUCUACCCCCAAGAAGUUUUUCAGAACUAUGGAAGUUUAAGAUGUUCGGCUGUUCCAGAAAUACAGAAAGAAGAGGGGGUAAAUCCUCAUUUUCUAGUCAAAGAGAAAGGAAGCUCAUAAGAAGUGAGAUAAAUUAUUUAAAAACUGCGUUAAUGAUAAACAUAACAUGACAUACAUCUCUUUUCUUAAGCACAAAAUUAUAACAGUUUGGCCCAAGGUAUACCACAUUUCUAUAGCUGAAUAUGAGCAUAGCUGUGCUACAAAUUGUUAUCCAGUAUUGACUGAAUAGCAAAAAGCUUUAUUAACUUUUCUCAGUUUCAUUCACAAAAAGUCGCUGAAAGAAUACUCAUGAUAUUUGUAUUUAGGUAACGUACAUCAGCACCAAAGACACUACACAUUCUUAGAAUGUUAUCUUCAAUUUGUUCAACUACACAUUAAACAUCCUAUGACUUAGUGUUGACGCCUUUUUAUAUUGUUGAUUUUUAAUAUUAAUCUUUAAAAUACAUACUUCUCCGGAAUGUUUUAUCUGUGCCAAGCUAAGUGUAGCUGCUGUUUUCUUAACCUCAUUACUUCAACCUACUUUAGUAUAUCCCAUCUUCAUUUAUUCCACGUUUAUCUACUUACCAUAUUGUCCAUUACUCUGCUCUUGAUCCUUUAAUAUUACACAUCUUCGCCAGAGAUCUAACUACUGAAAUUUUCUUAAUCUCUGCACUUAAUAUCUCAGUAUUGUCAUAUCCUGCUUUAUUUUACACCAAUGUAGAAUACUUCUAAGUCUUAAGUUACUAUAUGAUUAACCUGUUGUGUUCUACGUCAAUACAUGUUAUUACAUUCACCUUGAUUCGUGUGCUAGAACUAUCCAGAUUACCACAUCAGUCUUAUUUUUAAAAUCUAUAACUACCCAGUUACAAUAUGGCUUAGUCCUGUGGUGGUUCUAUGUUCUUAUUCUCCACUGUCCCUGAUAUGUCUAAUUAUCGUAUGACCUAUGCCUGUGGUGGUUCUGUGUUCUUACUAUCCAGUGUCCCAGAUCUAUCCAAUUAUCAUAUGGUCUAGUCCUGUGGUGGUUCUGUGUUCUUGUUCUCCAUUGUUCCAAAUCUGUCCAAUUAUCAUAUGGCCUUGUCCUAUUGUGGUUCUGUGUUCUCGUUCUCCACUGUUUCAGAUCUAAUCAAUUAACAUAUGAUCUAGUCCUGUGGUGGUUCUGUGUUCUUGUUCUCCACUGUUCCAAAUCUGUCCAAUUAUCAUAUGGCCUUGUCCUAUUGUGGUUCUGUGUUCUUGUUCUCCACUGUUUCAGAUCUACCCAAUUAACAUGUGGUCUAGUAAUUUUGUGGUUCUAUAUUCUUGUUCUCCACAGUUCCAGAACUAUCCAAUAAUGAUAUACCCUAGUCAUAUUCUAGCUAUAUAUUCUUGCCUUCAAUUGUUACAAGUCCUCCAUAUUACCAAAAUCAACUUUUGCUGUUCUAGGUCUGUAUAGAUCACCAUAAUCUAGUCAUUCUUUGUGUCACUGCUGAUUUCAACACCCUUUACCACUUUAUUAUCCUCAGCUGUUUUUGUUUAACUAUAACACUUCAUUAUCCUCAGCUAUUUUUGAUUUAACAAUCCCACUGAAUUAUCUUCAACUGUUUUCGUUUUAUCAAUACCACUUUAUUAUCCUCAGCUGUUUUUGUUUAUCAAUCCCACUGUCUUAUCCUCAACUCUUUUUCGUUUAUCAAUACCACUUUAUUAUCCUCAGCUGUUUUUGGUUUAUCAAUAAAACUUCAUUAUCGUCAGCUGGUUUUGAUUUAACAAUACCGCCUUAUUAUCGUCAGCUGGUUUUGAUUUAACAAUACCACUGUAUUAUCCUCAACUGUUUUUGGUUUAUCAAUACCACUUUAUUAUCCUCAGCUGUUUUUGGUUUAUCAAUACCACUUUAUUAUCCUCAGCUGUUUUUGGUUUAUCAAUACCACUUCAUUAUUCCGAGUCAGUUCAAAAUGCCAUAUUAUCAUCGUCCUCAAUUCCAAGUUUCCUCAAAUUACUUACUGGUAUUCCCAAAUUACCAUAUGUUACACGUCACUACAAGUCAAUCAGAUUAUGUUAUUUAUUUCCUGCUCUGAUCUGAAAAUCGUGAAACACGAUUAAUGCCUAAAAAUAUAUCACAUAUACAUGCAGACAAAUGGUGUCUAUAAUGGUUAAUCGGUCCUGUUUUAAGUGUUUUUAAAGCACAUGUUAGACACUAAACGAAUAUGGCGAUUUUUUAAUACUAAGUGUUUUGAGAUAAGCUUAGAAACUGGUAACAGCAGACCAUGGAAGUUUCAGUUAAGUAGUGAAAAAUAUUGUGUGGAGCUCGAGUAAAAAAGUUUAUGACACCUGAUGAAAACAUUUACGUUAUAGUUCAAUUCUACAAGUGUAUUUUUGAGUAUUAUGCAGUUCAAAAUGUUAUAUGAAUUCGCUAGUAAUUUUUCCAACCAAUGUUUUUCACAAUCAAUAAAUAAAUGAGACAAAAAAGAAAGGAAAUAAAAAAAAUCCAACAACGGAAGAAAAAACAAAAAGUUUAUGUAGAAUUUUCUAACCAUUCCAAAUAUAUAAGUACUCAUAUUUAAAUUUACUUAUUAAGAUAAUAGUAAUAAAAAUGCAUAUUUCUUGUGAAUUUACUUUUACAGCGGCACAUGUUGGCUCAAUGUUAGAGCUCUGGAUUUUGGAUCUAACAAGCCGGGUGCGAAACCGUGUAAUAGCAUAAUAUUUUUAUCACACUUUAAGCUGUGAGUGAAUAAUUGGGGUCAAAGUGAAUCAAUUAGCAUGAAUGGUGAGUAGUAAGAUGCUGCUGACCGGCUGCCAUCCCUUUAUCAGUCGUUUAAAAUUAGAAAGGACGGCAAAUAACCUUAAUAGUUAUUUCAUAAAUACAAAUUAAUAAAGCCUUUCAAUGAUGAAGUGAUAAUUGUGUCUGUGCGUUUUAAUUUCUGUGUCAUAAAUCACUUAUAAUUACAUAUAUUCAACAUUACCGAAAACCUAGGUAAAUUAUACUACACCUAGCUAUGUUGGAAAAACAAAGUGGAAAUUUAUAACUCCUCCUCUGUCAAAACUUGCAGAUUUCCACGUGAGAUGGUAAUUUUUUCCCCAUCGUAUUUCGUAAAUGAAAAAGGAGAUUAGACAUAUAUAUAUAUCUGUUGUUAUGUCUUACUGAAAUGUGUAGAUAGUUUUUACUAGAGCUUUGAAAGAGCUCAGAUUUCGCAUGCUUUCAUUUUUCAUCAUGUACUUUAUCUGGUGGCAUUGCAAGUUUUAUUUUUAUUCGUUGAUUUUUUUUAUAUUGCUUCAUAUGCGGCCAACUAACUGUAUGUAUAAAUUGAUAUAUUAGUAUAAUGUCGUAUUUCAAUUUAAUGUCAGUAGAAAUAGUUAGAAUGAUUAAUUUAACCAAAUGUGAGAGGUGUCUCUUUCUUAAUAAAUUGUUCUUAAGUUCGAAAAUGAUUUAAUCUUAAUUUCAGUUUGCAAACUACUGACAUCUCAUGGAACAGUAAUUCAUCAUGAUAAAUAAGAAAAUUAUUAUUUAGAUGCGAAAUGAUCAUUUUUAGGUCAACUGUUUACACUCGUGUAGAAAAACAAGGCCUUAAAUUUAAUUUUGUUUAUUUUAAGUUAGUUAAGUAUUUUAAUUUUUUCAUUUAAAAUAAAAUGUUGUUGCUAAUUGAAGGAGACGUCAAUUUAUACUUCUUUAUUACUGUAACUAGCAUACACGUUUAUUGAUAAAUCCGUGAGAUAUUCUAUAUAGUAUUAAUAUAUGUUAGCACAUUGAAAUAAAAUUACUUUGAAAAUUGUUACUAAUUUUUACGAGUAAGCUUAUCGGAUGCUUUUGAAAAAUUACCGCUAAAUUUUGCUAAACACGGUGACAUUUUUUAAAAUAUUCUUUGUGUGCUAGUAAAAUGGUCACGUGGGAUUAAAAAUAUAGUAAAUCACGUCAGGUUGUUUUAAUUGUGAUUUUACUUCAUGUACUAUUUAACCUGUAGGUAAUCGUUAAGCCUAAAAACGUUUUUUUGCACGUUCGCGGGUUAUUUUGAAUGUGGAAGUGGCUAUACAAUUAUAUAUAUAUACAUAUAAUGAAGUAGCUGAAGUGAAAGUAAUAAAUAUACGGUAAUUAACUUAGUUACAUAAAUAACACCAAGGACGAGAGCAAACAUUUAAUCUUAUCAAAUUAGUUCAAUUUCGUUAAAGAAUAGUUAGUCAUUUAAAGGUAAUUACUAUUAAUUCAAAAAUUUAUCAACGUUCACACAUAAUGUUUUACUUCGUACAGAUGACUCGAAAGUAGUCAAAUUAGCAUCUUGGUGUUAAAUAUGGACGUAAUACACAUAUCGUGUAGUUGUGUGAUGGUUCCUCUGGCUCUUAGUUAAUUAUGACGUCUUGGUUUCCAACAUGAAUUAAGACAGUCAAGGUUCAAAGGAACGGUAACAAUGAAGUAUUUUAUAUAUUGCAUCAAACCUCGAUGUAUUGUUUCUUACCUUGCGUUAAGUACCUGUUGUAUGUAAGUUUUCAAUUUCCAAUUGUUAAAUAACUCUAUAAAUUGUUUAUAUCAUUUGUGAACAAUCAUAAUGUUUUCUAUGUUAUCCUUCAUAUAUAUAAUCCUUAAAUUACGUUUUACUAGAACAUUUAGACUAGUACAAGAUAUAUAUAGUGAUUGUCCAUAAUAAAAUCUAAUAGUUAACAAUAAUAAUAACUGUGUAAAUGCUUGUAAACAGUGUUAUUUAUCUUAUGUUGUACGUGUUCGAAAGAAAAGCUAACAAAAUGUUCUCGACAUUUUGUUCUUCUUGUGUAAAAGUGAAUAAGAAAUACAUUAAAGGACAUGCCCUGUUA